AUGGCAUCCUUCCAGUUGCAGAAUUCGGAAGUGUUGGCACGGUUGAAACCAUUCGGUAUUCUGUUUGAGAAGUCAUUAAGUGAUUUAAUCAAAGGAAUACGAUCUCAUUCGAAAGAGUCACCGGAGAGUCUACUGCUGUUUUUAGACGUGGCGAUACAAGAGUGUAAGAAUGAAUUGACAACCACAGAUCUUGAGACAAAGGCUAUGGCAGUCUUGAAGUUAUCAUAUUUGGAAAUGUACGGUUUCGAUAUGUCAUGGUGCAAUUUCCAAAUACUAGAAGUUAUGUCUUCAUCAAAGUUUCAGCAAAAAAGAAUUGGAUACUUAGCUGCCAUUCAAUCCUUUAAAAAUGAACAAGAUUUGUUGAUAUUGACUACUAACCAGUUUAAAAAGGACUUGAAUUCACAUAAUCAUGUCGAAAUCGGAUUAGCAUUGAGUGGAAUUGCGACUAUUGUAACUCCAAAUCUAUCAAAGGAUAUUAAUGAUGAUGUUAUCAUGAAAUUAAAUCAUUCCAAACCAUAUAUAAGGAAGAAAGCAAUCUUGGCCAUGUAUAAAAUCUUCUUGCAAUUCCCAGAAAGUUUACGAGCUAAUUUCAAUCGAAUUAUUGAAAAGUUGGAUGACACAGAUGUAUCAGUUGUAAGUGCUACAUUGAAUGUCAUUUGUGAAAUAUCAAAGAAAAACCCAAACAUUUUUAUCAACUACUUGCCUAAAUUCUUUUCGAUUUUAGAAGAAACAAAGAAUAAUUGGUUAAUUAUACGGAUCUUAAAAUUAUUUCAAAGUUUAUCCAAAGUUGAACCUCGUAUGAAGAAGAAAAUAUUACCUACAAUCAUUGAUUUGAUGUUAAGAACUCAAGCUUCAUCAUUAAUCUAUGAGUGCAUCAACUGUAUCGUUAAUGGCCAAAUGCUUAGUCCAGAAUCUUUUAAAGACAAAGAAACUGCCAAACUCUGCAUUAAACAAAUUAUGGAAUUCUUUAAAACAAAGGAUUCCAAUCUUAAGUUCGUUGGUCUCAUUGCUUUGAUUAAUGUGCUAAAGAUUUUCCCUAUCUUUAUCCACCAAGUUGAAGGUGUCGCUGAAGUAGUUACGGAUUGUAUAAAUGAUCCAGACUUAAUCAUUAAGAGGAAAUCACUAGAAAUUUGCCAUUUCUUGGUCACCGAAGAUAAUAUAGUAGAAGUGGUUAAGAUAUUAUUGGUUCAAUUAAUUCCAACUGACGGUAAUCAAGUUCCAGAAUCUUUAAAGCAAGAAGUCAUGUUGAAAAUUUUGGCUAUUGCAAGCCAAGAUAAUUAUUCAAAUAUUCCUAACUUUAAGUGGUAUAUUGCGGUUCUAAAAGAUAUAAUCAACCUUACUCUUUUACCAUUGCCAUCAUCAUCUAAUACUAGUGCAAUAUCAUAUGCUACCGCAAACUUCAUCGCUGGGGAAGUGGGUCAAGAGUUCAAGAAUUUAGCUACAAAGGUACCUUCCAUAAGAGCUGAUAUACUUCAUCGAGUGAUAGUUGAUUCGGUGAAGAAUCCUAGAGUGUUAGAAAUAUGUCCUACCUUGCUCAAGGACUUUUAUUGGAUUAUGGGUGAGUAUAUCGAUGAAUUAAAAGGCGAUCCAGUUGAUAGUGAAAACAACGAAAUUGAAGAGGGAGAUAGUAAUACUUCUAUUGCUGAUUUGGGUAAAAAGGUUCAAAUCUUUAACACCCUUGUUAAUCAUAAAAUUGAUAAGUCCUUGAAUUUGUCUGUAAAUUUAAGAUUUCCAAUUUCUAACAAGUUGAUCAAUUUGAACGAUCAUGAUGUAUUAAUGGUCUUAAUUCAAGCGUUAGUUAAGUUAUUUAGCGGCAUUGUUUCGGAUUAUAGUGAAUAUUACUCAAAGAAUGGUGCACUCCCGAUAGACAAAUAUAAUGAAGUAGCUCAUUUCCUAUACAAGUUGGUUGAGUUUCUUAACAAUUGGGAAAAUAGUGUCAACUAUGAAGUUCAAGAGCGAGCUCUAUCUUGGUUGGAAUUCUUGAAACUCUCAUUGGAGGCUAUGACUGAUAAUGAUUAUUCGGCAAUUAAGGCGUUGGAAAGUGAUGAAAUUGAAUUUUACAGAAAUUUUGUUGAUGAUUCUAAUGAGAAUGAGGAUUCAGAUAUCGAUGAAUCAGACGAUGAAGAAGUUGAAGAUAGUGAAUCUGAAGACGAAGUUGACUCUGUUCCGGAAAAUAUAAGAGAACACGAUGAAGAAUAUGAUAGUUUAGAGUCAUCGUCUGAUGAAGUUGAAAGUGAAGUUUUGGCUAGAGUCAAUGUAAGUGAUAAUGGUAUCGAAGAAAAUCCAUUCGCUACUAAUGAAGAAGAACCUACUUUUUUCAGUGAAACUAACUCUAAGGAACUUGUAUUACCUGUGCUUCUUAGUCAUGUGUUACCAUCAUUCUUCAAAUCUUAUCAAUUGAAUCCUAUAGCUAAAAAUUCACAAAGGAAAAUUGCAGUCCCUCUCGACUUGGACCUUGAUACCCCUAUUAAUUCAAAUAAUUAUAGUUCAUUAGACGAAACAGAAGAAGAAACAGAAUCUGAAUAUAAUUUAUUCUUAGCUGAUCAAUUGGAAAUUAUCCAAACUUCAACAGAAAAUAUAUCUAACGAAGGCGAUACCAGUGUUCGUAAAAAACAGGAAAGGUUGGAAAGAUUGAAAGAUGAUCCAUACUACCUUACAUCCACAAAUGGUGAUAAGAAAGGCAAAGGGAGGGGGAGAAAGCUGCUUCUUAUUGAUGAUUCCAAGGAUUCUAGUGUCGAUACUUUCAGUGAGAGAACUUCUAUUAGUUCAAGCUUAAACAAUCAAACAAUUAAGAAGAAAAAGAAGCCUCUAAAGAUCAAGAAAGAUAAAGUUGUCAUCUUAGCAGAGGAAACAAUUGGUGGAGAUUUUGAUAAUGAGGAAGAAUUAAAGGUUAAGGCAACAACCAAGAAGAGAAAUGCUUUAAAGAUUGACUCCUCAAAUCUCGAUAAUUUCGAUCUUGAAUCUUCUUCUCUUGCAGAAGAUGAUUCAACUUUUAAUGGCAAGGACUUUGAGUACAAUAUCGACUUAGAAGAACUAAGAAAGAAUUUAGCUGAGGCCUCGAAAAAGGCAAAAGAAAAGGAAGAGAAGAAGAAAAAAAUGAAGAAGAAAUUGUCUUCACUGAAAGAACUGACCUCUAAAACUAAAUCCAAAACUAAAACUGAGAGCUCAGAUGUCGGACAUUUUCCAACGGCUGAUGAUAUCGUCGUGGAUCUGAAUCUUCCAGAAAGUGAUAACAAAGUUGUUACAGUUGUUAAAUCCAAGAAAACAAAAAAGAAAGCAAAAGCUGCAAUAAUAGAGUAA